GCCGCGGUGGACAGGACCGUGCGGGCUGCGGGCUGGCACCGGGCCCGCCCCGCCCAGCACCGGCACAAGCACCGGCUCCAGCACCGGCAACAGCCCCAGCAUCGGCACCGGCCCAUGGAGGCUCCGGGAGCGGCAGGCAGACGGUGAGCCCAGGCCGGAGCAGGGCGGCGUGGCUGGCGGUGUGGCCGGUGGCGUGGCCGGUGUCACGGCGUGACCAUGCAGGCGGAGGCCAGAGGGGAUUUUGGUGGCCGGGACCAGCGCCCUGAGCUCGGCAAGGAGACACUGGCCACGGAGCGCCCAGUGGGGACCCCCACCCACAGGCCAGCCCCGGAGCCCCCUGGAACCCCCGCCGAGGAGCAGGGCAAUGUCCCCAUCCCCAGUGCUGGCCUUCUUCAGGUCACUGAGCGCAGACGUGCCCCUGAGCACAGAGGUGCCCACCCCACUGCCAGCCUUUGGCUGGGGUGCCACUGUGUGCCCACAGAGCCCCUGAGCAGCGUCUCCUCGCUGGAGGUUCACUUUGACCUGCUGGACCUGACUGAGCUGACCGACAUGUCAGACCAGGAGCUGGCAGAGGUCUUUGCCGACUCCGACGAGGAGAACGCAACCGGAGAGUCGCCCAGUGGGCUGCAGGCACCAGCUGUGCCUCGGGCUGGGUACCUGCGGUCACCCUCCUGGACCCGAGCGCGGGAGCAGAACCGGGACAAGAAACACCUCAGUGACACGGAGCUGCCACCGGCACCACCGGACGCCUUCCUGCCUGCCGAGCGGCCACGGGAGCCCUGAGGCCAGCCCCGGGACCGGGGGAUGGAUGUGGGGACACGCCAGGGGACAGACACCAGGACACACCAGUGGAAGGAGACCGGGAGGAUGGACACCGGGACAUACCGGGGGAUGGACGUGGGGACAUGCCAGAGAAUGGACACUGGGACGUGCUGGGGGACGGACAUGGGGACAUGCCAGUGUCCCAGCACUGCUGCAGCCCGUCUCAGCCACUCUGCCCACAGGUGCCAGGACACAGACUGGUGCCACCAGCCCAAGGUCACUGGGAACCAACCUCAAGCAGCAGCCCCCAGCCCCAUGAUGGUGGGAGGCAUAGGACUGGCCAAACCCAGUGGCCCAGUGCCCACUGGGCUAUGGGGAAGGGGCAACCAGCCCCACCCUGUCAGGACCUGGGGUUGCCCGUAGCUACUGGGAGCAUGGCUGGUGCCUGCCUGGUGCCCAUGUAGCAGCUCUGUGUUCCGGUAAAACUGAC